AUGCUGAGGGAUAUCCUGUCACCGAGGGACCUCUUGGCGGGGUACGAAGUCGUCAAACGCAGUCUCUACAGUCCGUUGGAAUCCUGGUCGAGUGUUGGUUUCACGCUCAAUGAAGCUACCUUUGGCCUGUUGGGUGCUUCGUUUGAUCCUAAGAGAGAUAUCCGUGACCUUUCAGGCAGGGUGAUUCUCAUCACAGGAGGAAAUACCGGGCUAGGGAAAGAGACUGUCGCGCAACUGGCCCGCCAUAAUCCGUCUCGUAUAUAUCUAGCAGCCCGCAAUGAAACCAAGGCGAGCGCCGCGAUUGCCUCGAUCCAGGCGCAGCUCUCCUCCACGGUCGAUAUCCGCUAUCUUCCGCUGGACUUGGCUUCAUUUACGUCCAUCCGGGCAGCGGCGGAAAAGUUUACCUCCGAAAGCGAUCGGUUGGAUCUGUUGAUACUCAACGCCGGGACGAUGGCGAAUCCCGCCACCACCACCGAGGAGGGAUUUGAGAUCCAGUUCGGCACCAACCAUGUCGGCCACUUUCUCCUCACCAAGUUGCUUCUACCGACUCUUCAACGAACCGUCGCCGCUGACAGUGCUGCUGCCGAUAACACCCCGUCUGAUGUGCGAAUCGUCGCCGUCGCCUCGGUCGCGAGCCAGGCCGCUCCUCCGCUGGAAACCAUGACUUCCACCGAGGCGCUGCUGGCUGUAAGCACUUGGACCCGCUACGCCGCAUCCAAGGCGGCCAACAUCAUGUUCGCGUCGGAGCUUGCGCGGCGGUACCCGGACAUCCUGUCCGUCUCGGUCCACCCGGGAGUCGUUGCCAGUGAGCUGUAUGAAACAGCCAAGUCGCAGAGUGCCCGCGCGGAGGUCGGUAUCAAAGCGGCCAUGGGUCUGUUCUUCCGCAGCGUCCGGACCGGCGCCCUGACCCAGCUUUAUGUGGCGGGGAUGCCGAGGGAGCGACUGACGAACGGGGCGUACUACAUCCCCAUCGGGCAGAUGAGUCGGUGUAACCGUUUCGUUUCGGAUGUCGACAUGGCGAAAGCUCUGUGGGAGUGGACGGAGCAAGAAAUCGCCAAACAUUGA